AUGGCUCAAUCCACCCAGUGCUAUCUGCCUCGGUUCGCUUCGGCGGUCGACGGGCCCAAACGGCCAGUCUCGAUGAAGACGAGACCAACCGCCGCUCAGCAUGCGCAGUUAUUAACGGCAUGCAACGAAGGUCGCCUUGAUUCACUGUUACGCGCAACCUGGGCCCUCGUCCUGCACUACUAUAUCCGCUCCGAGGAUAUUUGCUUCGGGUACCAACACCUCGAGGGAGACUCGCGCUCUCCCAAAUCACCUGUACAGCGUGCCAAUGGCGCCAACAUUUCGACCAUUCGGUUGUCGAUCAACGAAAAUGACUCUCUCAGGGCAAUUGUAGAUAAGGUGCGCGCAACCGGCCUGAAAAAACAGCACAAUGGUGGAAGCUCGGAGGCCGCUUCCGAGGGAUACCUUCCUUUCAACACCAUCUUGAUGCUGCGCACAUAUGAUCCGCCGGCCUCACCUUCAAAACCUAUUUUGGCAACGGCUCUCUCAGAUGAGUGUCAAGUCCGUCUUCAUGUCAAGGUCAUGCGCGGAGAUAUCAGCAUGUUUCUUGAAUGGCGCAAGGGCGACAUGUCUGCAGACCAGAUGAAGAGUGUCGCCAACAUUUUUGAGCAGUUGCUUGCCAAAGUCCUUGCUGCCGAGACCACCGCUAUUAGCCAGCUUAAUUUGUUCUCGGAGAAUGACUGGCAACGCAUCCGCAAGUGGAACUCCACUAUUCCUAAACUCCACGAUCGCUGCAUCCAUGACGCUAUCCACGAUCAGGUACUUAGUGGACCAGACCGCGAGGCUGUGUGCGCGUGGGAUGGCAAAUUGACCUUCGCCGAGCUGGACCACCAUGCGUCCAAGCUUGCCUGUCACUUGCGCAUGCAGGGCGUUGGCCCGGAAGUCCGCGUGGCAUUGUGUUUCGACAAAUCGAAAUGGAACAUCGUCGCAAUGCUUAGCGUGAUGAAAGCUGGGGGAGCUUUCGUCCCACUCGAUCCCACGCACCCAACUUCCCGACUGCAGAACCUCAUCACAUCCGUCCAGGCUGCAGUUGUACUUUGCUCCGACACGCGUGCAGAGAAGCUUCGCCCUAUUGUAAAGACUUUAAUACCCCUUAACACGGAGACUUUGGAUCGUUUGUCCGACGCAGACAGUGUCGAUCUAGCAUCGGGUGUUACAAGUCAAAAUGCGGCUUAUGUUUUGUUUACCUCCGGGUCCACUGGAGAGCCCAAGGGAACUUUGCUGGAGCACCGUGCAUUCCUCUCGAGUGCCAUCGUGCAUGGGCCAGGCCUGCGCGUGUUCCGAGACUCGCGCUGUCUCCAGUUUGCCGCGCACACGUUCGAUGCUAGUUUGUCUGAGUCGUUGACGCCGCUCAUACAUGGUGCGUGCGUGUGCAUCCCGAGCGAGGAGGCUCGGCUCAACGACAUUGUCGGCACUAUCAAUGACAUGCGAGUCACUCAAGCAUGCUUUACCCCGUCAUUCAUCGGCUUCAUUGAAAUCGACAGCGUCCCAGGACUGGAGAGUCUGGUCCUGGCUGGCGAGGCAAUGUCUCAGUCGCAGCUGGCUACCUGGUCCAGGAUUAAACUAGUCAAUGGCUACGGGCCUACUGAGGCCAGUGUGGCUUCCGUGCUCAACUCGUGUGUUACACCAGACACUGAUUGCAAAGAUAUCGGCCUGCCCAUCGGUGUCAGAGCUUGGCUUGUGAACCCUGAUAACCACGACGAACUGGUCCCUGUGGGCUGCCCCGGCGAACUACUUUUGGAAGGCCCGUCCCUGGCCCGGUGCUACGUGAAUAAUCCCCAGAAGACCAACGAAUCUUUCAUCUACGAUCCUGCCUUCACGAAAUUGGAGACGGACAGUCCUUCUAACCGCAGAUUUUACAAGACUGGUGAUCUUGUCAGGUACAACGCUGACUCUGGUGCACUCAACUACGUUGGUCGGAAGGAUACUCAGGUCAAGGUCCACGGACAGCGCAUCGAGCUUGGCGAAAUCGAGAACCAACUGUACAUCGACUCGCACGUCACUCACUGCUCCGUCUUCUUCCCCAAGUCGGGCUUCUCCAAGGGUCGCUUGGCAGCGGUUAUCUCUUCUACAGGCUUACUCGCUGAACAGUUGAAGUCAGAUUUGGAGCCUCUGCGGCUAGUGUCCGCCUCGAAAAAGGCUGCCAUUGUCCCUGGAAUCCGUGAGCGUCUCUCCGCACGGCUUCCGACUUAUAUGGUCCCUGCGGUUUGGCUCUGCGUUGAAGCUCUGCCACUUUUGCCAUCUGGGAAACUGGAUCGCAAAGGUGUCGCUACUUGGGUUGCGGGUAUGGAAAGUGAUCCGGAUCUUCACAACAGUACCUCUGUCUCAGUAUUCGACGCAGAGAACUCACAGCCUGCCAACGAACGGGAGGAAUCUUUGGCCGCUGUGUAUAGCCGCGUUCUUAACAUCCCCCAGAACCAGUUGGACCUGAACCAGAGCUUCUUGGCACUUGGAGGUGAUUCGAUCGCAGCGAUGACAUGUAUUGGUCUGUGCAAGAAGAGUGGGUUCGCGCUUUCAGUACAAGAAAUCCUUCGCAGCAAAUCGAUCCGAGAUCUCGCCACCCGAGCGAAGACUAUCAGCAACAUGACGACUUACGAGGAGACCAUUGAUCAGGCAUUCGACCUCUCACCCAUUCAGAUUCUCCACUUUGGUGUUCGAAAGGAAGGGCAAGGUCACUUCAACCAGGGUGUUCUGGUCCGCAUGAACAAGCCACUUGACGAACGAACGCUCCGCAAGGCUAUCGAGAGCUUGGUCUCCCGGCACUCCAUGCUCCGCGCACGAUUCAUAGACACGGGACAUGCAACGGCAUUGAGCCAGGUCAUUACCCGCGAUAUCAAGGGUUCUUACAGAUGGAGGGCCGACACUGUUGACCACAUGGAUGCCAUCAAGCCCCAAAUCGCUGACAGUCAAUCAUCCAUCAACUGCUUCUCCGGCCCACUCCUGGCAGUUGAUUACUUCACGGUGAAGGGCCAACCACAUGUACUGUCAAUGACUGCUCACCACCUGGUUGUAGAUAUCGUCUCCUGGAGGAUCAUUCUGGAAGACUUGGAGGACUUCAUCUUGCAUCCCGACAAGAGUGUCAGCAACGAUUCUCUGCCCUUCCAGACCUGGUGCCGUCUCCAAAACGAGCACUGCAACAACCUUCGGAUCGAGCAUAAGGUUGCGACUGAUGCUCUAGCCACUCCAGACUUUGGCUAUUGGGGACUGCAAAACACUCAAACCACCUACGGCGAUGUCGACUGUGCUUCAUUCGAGAUCGAUCCCGCUCACACGAACGCAAUCCUGUUCGACUGCCACAAUGCUCUCGGCACAGAGCCAAUUGAUCUUUUCCUUGCCGCAAUGAUUCAUUCAUUCGGCCGGUCCUUCCCUGAUCGCGCACUACCGACGGUCUACAACGAGGGACAUGGUCGUGAAGCUUGGGACUCGUCGAUCGAUAUCUCGCACACUGUCGGCUGGUUUACAAUUUUGCAACCGAUCUUCGUUUCCUCAUACAAGUCGGACAACCCGAUCGACACCCUAAUGCAGGUGAAAGAUCUUCGUCGCCGUGUUUCGGACAAUGGACGUGCAGACUUCACCAGCCGAGCAUUGCCCACUGCUGGUCGGAACGAAUCCGAGCACCCCCAUCCGUUCGAGAUGUCCUUCAACUAUGUUGGUCAGCAUCGCGAUUUGCAGCGGAAGGAUGGACUCUUCCAGCUCGUCGACCAGAUGGCCGGUGAGGCUGGCCAAGGAGGUGGUGCCGCUGACUUUGGACUUGAUACUCCUCGCUUUGGCUUGUUCGAGAUUUCUGCCAUGGUCGUUGCUGGCAAGGCCCGCUUCAACUUCUCGUUCAACAAGACCAUGCAGCACCAGAACCGCAUUCACCGUUGGGUGUCCGACUGCCAGCAGUUGCUCAUUAGCCUCUCUGAGCAGCUCCCCACCGCGACGCCCCGUCUGACUCUCAGCUCUUUCCCGAUGCUCUCAUUGACCUACCCAACAUUGGAGAAGUUGCUCAACGAAAAAUUGCCUGCUAUGGGCAUAGAGUCUUCUGACCUUGUGGAAGAUAUUUAUCCUUGCUCUCGUAUGCAGCAGGGUAUUCUGCUCGGACGUACCCGUGACAGCUCCUACUACGCUGUCCAUGACACCUUCGAGAUCCGAGGCACUGGCGCAAACCAACCCAACCUGGACCGACUCAUCAAUGCCUGGCAGCAAGUGGUCUCUCACCAUGCGAUGUUCCGCACAAUAUUCGCAGAGAACCUCACCCCUCGCGAUCCAUUCUGCCAGGUUGUGCUCAAGAAGUACGAUGCCACUCCUCUCUUCCUGCAAUCGUCUGACGAUAGCGACGUCCUCGCUACGUUCGACAACCAAGAGCCCAAAGACUACAGUGAGCUGGCCCCGGCGUAUCGCUUCUCCAUCUGCCAGACAUCCACUGGGCGACUCUUUGCCCGCAUUGAACUCAGUCACGCUGCCAUGGAUGGCAACUCCGUCUCAAUCAUUAUGCGUGACUUGCAGUUAGCAUACGCAGGAAGACUCGAGGAGAGCCCGCAGCCCUUGUUCAAGGACUACAUACAGUACUUGCAAGGUGCGCCUAAGGAAGCCAGUAUGAAUUACUGGCGCUCCUACCUGGCUGAUGCUAAGCCUUGCCACUUCCCUACCCUUGUCGAUGGUGAGAAGGCAGAGAAGACUCUUCGGUCGAUUCCCGUCCGGUUUGGUGCACUUUCUGCACUUCAGAGUGUUUGCGAGAAGCACGGCAUCACGCUGGCAAAUGUGUUCAAUGCUGCUUGGGGUCUGACUCUCCGCGCUUUCUGUGGAUCUGACGAUGUCUCAUUCAGCUACAUGGCUUCGCUGCGAGAUGUCUCCGUUGAUCAAGUUCAGUGGGUGGUCGGCCCGGUGAUUAACCUUCUGGUUUGCCGCAUGCAGGUCUCUGGUGACUCCAAUCUCAGGGAUGUUCUGCAACGAAUUCAGAAUGACUACAUGGAGAGCCUUUCCUUCCGCCACACCUCGCUCAUUGAUAUCCAACACGCUUUGAAGUUGUCCGACACCAAUCUCUUCAACUCGGGUGUUUCUUACCGUCGUCUCCCGAGUUCCAAGGAUGUCGUUCAAAGUGACAUCGAGUGCAUUGAGGUUGGAUCAAUUCAUGACCCAGCAGAGUUCUCGGUUUUUAUCAACAUCGAGGCUAUGGAUACCGACGCCCGCAUUGACCUCAACUACUGGACUAGCAAUCUUUCGGAUGCCCAAGCAAUUAACGUGGCGAACACUUACGUUAAGUGUCUCGAGAACAUUGUCUCCAACAUUGAUGGUAAAGUCAGCCAGCUUGACAACCUCACUGAGGACAACAAGGCCCAGAUCAUGAAUUGGAACAGCAAGACUCCCAAGCCUUUCGAGAGGUGCGCUCACCACGCCGUGCAAGAAAUGGCUAAGAAGCGCCCCGAUGCUCUCGCUGUCACUGCUUGGGAUGGGAACCUUACCUACUCCAAGCUUGAUCAGUACUCCUCGCGCCUCGCGACCUACUUGGUCAACUUUGGUGUUGCCCCUGGAACACUUGUCCCUAUCUGCUUUGAGAAGUCCCUCUGGAACAUGGUCGCCACCUUAGCCGUUAUGAAGGCCGGCGGAGGUUGCAUGCCAGUUAGCAGCACCCAAAACUUGCCCAUGGUUGAGAAGUGGAUUGUCGACAAUGCUCUCCAGGUGGCUCUGGCUUCACCUGAGAAGGCUCAGAUCCUCGAGGAUACUGUUCCAUAUGUCAUCCCCGUCAGCGAAUCCCUGCUUGAAUAUCUCGCUGACGAGGUUCUCAAGCCCGUCACAAAGCCUUCCGAAGUCGCAUAUGUUGCCAUGACCAGCGGCACAUCUGGUCCCGCGAGAAGUGUCGUUCUCGAGCACUCCACCAUCAUGAGUCGUGCUGAGGCAUUUGCUACAACUAUGGCUAUUGCUGAUGUCUCGCGAACAUUCCAGUUUGCCCCCCACACCUCCGACGGAUUCCUCCUCGAGGCGUUCGGUACUUUCAUGUGGGGCGGUUGCGUCUGCAUUCCAGCUGACAUCGAUCCUCUCAACUUGGCUGCCUCUAUCAAUGUUCUCCACGCCAAUGUUGCCAGCAUCACCCCCACUGCUGCAAGCUUCUUCUCGCCAAAGGAUGUGCCGGGUUUGCGUUCCAUUGCGCUCGGUGGGGAGGUUGUCCCUCAAGGUGUUCUUGACAACUGGAAGGACGAUGAUCUCCAUCUCCAGGUUUUGUAUGGCACAACCGAAACCUCCUCUGCUUGCUUCCACCUCUUCUGCUCUCAAGAUCAGGAUGAUGCCACCCUGAUUGGUAAGAGCACCUCCUGCCUCGCCUGGGUUGUUGACACUGAGAACCCCAACACCCUUGUUCCAAUUGGCAGUGUUGGAGAACUCGCGCUCGAGGGACCGGUUGUUGCUCGUGGCUACCUCGACAGCAUGUCCGAGACCGACGACUUCUUCGAGAAUCCAACAUGGUUAUCCGGUCGACGUGACGAUGGUAAGCAUCGCGUUUUCAAGACUGGAGACCUCGUCCGCUACAACUCCGAUGGAUCUCUUGUCUUCGUUGGGCGCAAGAGUGACAAGAAUUCGUCAGUCUUGGCCGGCGAUUUGGCCCAGACUCACCACAAAAUUGACUCCUUCUUGGGGGCUAACAAGAAGUGCGUUGUGGAAAGUAUUACACUGGGACGCGAUGCCGCUAGAGUUGAUACCCUUGUGGCCUUCCUUGUUUCUGCGGAUACUCCGUCAGUUACAUUUGGCGAACGUGUUGUCCAAUCUUCCACCGCCGAUCUGAAGGCAAUCGUCAGCAGUCUUCACAACCAUCUGAGCACUAGUUUGCCCAAUAGCAAGGUUCCUAGUAUUUACAUCCCCGUCUCCUCCCUUCCCCUGACCUCAUCUGGAAAACUAAACCACCGAGCCCUCAAAGUUGAGACACAGGAACUUUCAAGCAGUGUCUUGGAGGCUCUCGACAUUAAAAACUGGACUGGGACCAAGGCUGGUAACCGGACUUCCCGAAAUGCCAGUCUCUCCGAGAGUAACGCCGCUUUCUGGAAGGAGUAUCUCGCUGACGUUGAGCCUUGCGUCUUCCCUGCGCUCUCUCACGAUGCAGGAAACGAUGGUCGCUCCACGCGUACGCUCAACAAGCAGACUGCUAAGACUCAUGCCUUCAGUAACUUGUCCGGUAUCUCUGUGGAAACUCUCUUCCAGUUUGCUUGGGCCGUUGUCCUGAGGUGGUAUACCGGAUCAGACGAUGUUUGCUUUGGUUAUUCCACCUGCCCUUCGGAGGACAACAAGGUGGACCCUCAAUCCAUCGCUACUUGUCGAUUCUUUGUGCAAAAUGACCGCAAGCUGCUCAACAUUUUCCAGCAGGCUAAGAUCGACGCCGAAAAGGGCGCUUUGAACGUCGCUUCUUUGAAAGCGGUCCAGCGACAGCUUGGUCUCGAUGAUAUUACUCUUUUCAACACCUGUCUCACCUACCGCAAGGCCUCGUCCCUGCCCAAGGGAAGUAUCCGAGAGCCUAACCCCUCCAAUACCUACAAUAUCCUCGUUGAAGCGGAAGUCUCGCACUCCUAUGCAGAGAUCCACUUCAACUACUCCUCCGAAACCCUGUCCUCCUCUCAGAUCAACCAUGUGAUCGAUAUGUUCGAUCAGGUUUUGGACGACCUCAUCACCCUCAACCUGCACGAGCAUACGGUCGGAGACAUUAAUCUCAUCCCCGAACGCUCCAUUCGCCAGAUACGCGAUUGGAACGCCGCCUCGCCUCCCAGAGUCGAGAAGUGUGCAGAUGAGCUUAUCCAGCAGCAGGCGCUUCUGCAUCCUCGCGCUGAGGCUGUCUGCUCCUGGGAUAAGAACUUCACCUAUGGACAGCUCGAGAUGGUUUCCAGCCGCUUCGCUCGUCAUCUCUCUGGUUUGGGUAUCAAGCCGGAAGUCUUUGUCGUCCUAUGUUUCGAGAAGUCCGCCUGGGCGGUUGUUGCCCAGUUGGCCGUUCUCAAAGCCGGUGGAGCUUUCGUCUCUAUUGAUCCCUCCCACCCAGAUUCCCGUCUGAAGAUGCUCAUUGAUGAGAUUGGAACUGGUCUGGUCCUGUGCUCUUCUUCGGUUCAUGCUAAAGUCUCCAAGCUGUGCGAAAAAUCCUUUGCCGUUUGCCAAACUUCUAUCUCUCAAAUUCCUGACUCGCCUUUGGCUAUGCCUUGUAUUCGACCUUCUCCUAGUAACGCCGCAUAUGCUAUCUUUACCUCUGGUACCACUGGAAAACCUAAGGCCACUGUGGUUGAGCAUACCGCUCUGAGCACCACGGCCUUAGCCAUGACGGAUGCUUUGCACAUGAACUCCGGAACCCGUGCGUUGCAGUUCUCGAACUACACCUUUGAUGUUAGUGUUCUCGAGAUUAUGAUGACUCUUAUGACUGGCGGCUGUGUCUGCGUUCCCAGCGAGGAAGAACGUAUGAACAACCUUGGUGGUGCGAUUCGUCGCAUGGAGGCUAAUUAUAUGUCUUCUCCUCCUGCAAUUGUCAAUACCUUGGAGCCCAAGUCUGUCCCCACUCUGAAGACCAUCAUCACCGGUGGUGAGAAGAUGCCUGCCAACCACAUUGACCGCUGGGCCGACCGAUUUGUUAUCAACGCCUACGGUCCCUCGGAAGCCACCGUCGUCGCUACUGUCGGCGUGAAGGUUGAUUGGGAUGGUAACCGUGUCAACGAUGAUCCCACCUCUAUAGGAACCGCUGCCAACUGUAGAGUGUGGGUUGUGGAUCCCAACAACUACAACCGCCUUCUCCCCGUUGGUGCUGUUGGUGAGCUGAUUUUGGAAGGAAGCAACAUUGCCCGUGGAUACCUUGCAAAUGAAGCAAAGACAAAGGCUGCUUUCUUCGAGAAUCCCACCUGGAACGACCAUGCUGGGCUUCAGGGUCUCUUCAAGCGCCAGGACCGUAUGUAUCGCACUGGUGACCUGGUGCGCUACAACACUGAUGGCACUCUUGCGUUUAUCUCCCGGAAGGAUACCCAGAUCAAGUUUAACGGCCAGCGCAUUGAGCUUGAGGAGAUUGAGCACCAGUGUCUCCUCUGCCUUCCUGAGGACUCACAGGUCGCGGUUGAUGUCGUCGUUCCCGAGGAGCGCACCAUUGCCAAGGGACUCGCUGCAUUCUUCACUGUGCACGACCCUUCUUCAAACGGUGGUAGCAGCGAUCAAUUUGCACCCACCAUUUCUGGAGCUGAUCCUUUGCUACUGCCCAUCUCCGUGUCUAACAUGGAUGCCAUCCAGAAGAUGAAGGCCUCUUUGCCCGAUCUUCUACCCCAGAGCAUGAUCCCCAGACUGUUCUUCCCCAUCCGCAACCUUCCAUUUACCUCUUCGGCUAAGAUCGAUCGCCGAAGACUGAAGGCUAUGGUUCAGUCUUUGCCCAAGGAGACUCUGAAGUCUUACAUCACCUUCCAUGCAUCUGACAAGAAGGAAGAGGCCUCAGCUGAUGGCAUGCAACUUAAGAUUGUGGCCCUCGUUGAGAGCACUCUGCAGCUCGAGGCAGGCUCUGUCACUGCUGAUGACAGUUUCUUCGCUUUGGGUGGUGACUCCCUGUCCGCCAUGAACCUCGUUGGUGCGGCCCAAGCAGAGGGAAUUGCGCUCACUGUCUCGAGCAUCUUCAACACGCCAAUUUUGAUUGACAUGGCCAAGAGCUGCGCGGCUUCAGCUGGUACUGUUGAGGCCAAGCCUGCCGCUGUCAAGCCCUUCUCACUUCUACCAUCUCACGUUGACACCGAAGGUCUACUUGAUGAAGUCACCGACAUCUGCGAGGUGUCCAAGGAUCUCAUCAGCGAUGUCUACCCAUGCAGCGCUGUCCAAGAGGGCCUCCUCACUCUCUCUAUUAAGCACAGUGGCUCUUACGUCGCCCAACCUGUUUUCCGUCUUGCAGAUGGGGUCGAUGUCAAUCGCUUCAAGGAUGCCUGGCAGCAGACUGUUGCAGACCUCGAAAUCCUGCGCACCCGCCUUGUGCACACUGAGGCCAUGGAUUUCGCCCAGGUUGUCUUGAAGGAUGCUCCAAUCUCCUGGGUGCACGCUGAGUCGUUCGAUUCCCUUCCCCACGACAUUAUGCAGCUGCCAAAGCAAAAUGGUGCACCUUUGACCAGCUACGCCAUGGUCCAGCCCUAUGGAUCUUCCACUAGCUACUUCGUCUGGUCUGUUCACCACGCACUUUAUGAUGGAUGGAGUAUUCCAUUGGUCUUCCGCAAGGUUGAGGAAAACUAUCUCGCUGCUCAGACUAAGCGAGUUGGGACUCCUUACAGCCUCUUCAUUGACUACCUGAUCAAAAAGGACAUGAACGAGUCGGAUGCAUUCUGGAAGUCCUACCUCGCGGGCCUCUCCAGCACUCCUUUCCCCCAGAACAAGAACGCAGUACCUGAUGCUAUCCGCGCUGGAAACACCCAGUACCACACUCUGAAUGUUUCUCGAACUCGCAACAGCGUCGACUUUACGAUUCCCGUUCUGAUGCGCGCUGCCUGGGCUAUUGUCGUUGCUACUCACACUUCAUCUGGUGAUGUUUGCUUUGGCGAGACCUUGUCCGGCAGAAAUAUUGAUUUACCUGGCGUUGCCCAAAUUGUCGGUCCUGUCCUGAGCACCGUCCCCACUCGUGUACAAGUUGACAAUGCGAUGUCAACUCUCGAGUACCUGCAGAAAAUCCACCAGUCGACCACUCAGAUGAUCCCCCACCUGCACUCCGGUCUCCAGCGCAUUCGCCAGCUCAACAAGGAUACCGCCAGUGGUUGCGAUUUCAAGAACUUGCUUGUCAUCCAGUCCAACGAUGGUGAUCUAGACAACAAGAUCUGGAUGGAUGAGAAGCGAGAGACAAGUGAGGACUUCUUCACCCACUCCCUCGUUGUGGAAUGUGGCAUUUCUAAGACAAGCGUCUCUUUCACUGUUCACCACGAUGAGCUGGUUAUCAAUGGUUGGCAAACUAAGCGCAUCACUGAGCAAUUCGCUCAUGUUCUUGGCCAGCUGAUCUGCAUGCCAAAGAACAGCGCUAGCAAGAUUGGUGAUCUGGACAUGGUCAGCCCCGGGGACAAGCUUGAGAUAGGUCAAUGGAACGGCCGUACACCUCUUGUGGUCGAGCGAUGUGUCCAUGAUCUCAUCCGCGAGAAGUGUGCUGAGACUCCAGAUGCCCCCGCCGUGCGCGCUUGGGAUGGUGACCUCACAUACAGAGAGUUCUGGGACCUCGCAUCUGGGUUCGCCAACUACCUUAUCUCUCGCGGAGUUGGUCCAGAGGUUAUUCUCAUUGCUGGUGGUGGUUAUGUGCCUCUUGAUCCGUCUCACCCCACCUCUCGACACGAGGAGAUUCUUGCCGAUGUUGGCGCUAACAUGAUUCUUUGCACCCCCAACUAUACCAACCGGUAUAGCCGUGUGGUGAAGACCGUUAUUCCCAUUAGCAAGGAGACCAUCAAGGCCUAUGGAUCCCUGAAGGCACCCUCCCGGGGUCGCACUCCGGUGCAGCCCACCAACAUGGCUUACGCGCUCUUCACUUCUGGCAGUACUGGUCGUGCCAAGGGGAUCAUUGUUGAGCACCGCAAUGUGGUCAGCAGUAUCAUGGCCUUCGCGCCAAUGGUCAGCAUGGAUGCCACCUCCAGAGUCUUCCAGUUCGCAUCCCUCACAUUUGACGCUGCUAUCAUGGAGACACUUGCAAUCCUCAUGUUGGGUGGUUGUAUCUGUGUCCCCAGUGAGGAUGACCGUCUCAACGAUGUGUCUGGCGCAAUCCGUCGCCUGAACGUCACUUGGACUUUCCUCACCCCAUCCAUUGCGAGCAUCAUUGAGCCUGCCUCGGUUCCCUCUCUCAAGCAUCUGGUGUGCGGUGGAGAGAAGAUGUCCAAGGAGGUUAUCACUAAGUGGGCCAACACUGUUCAUCUUAUGAACGGAUACGGGCCCACGGAGACAUGUGUGUUUGCCGUUAUUGACAAUGCAGUGGCAGCCAGCCGUGAUCCUGCGCGAAUUGGCUACGGUAUUCCCAGCACACUGACAUGGAUUGUCGAUCCUGACAACCACGAUCGCCUCACCCCUCUUGGUGCGGUUGGUGAAUUGGCUCUUGAGGGUGCUGCCCUGGCAAGAGAGUACCUCAAGAACCCCGAGAAGAAUGCGGAGGCCUUCGUCACUGACCCAGCCUGGAUCAAAGACUUCGAGUCCAAGGUUGGUGGGCCCCGCCGUAUUUACAAAACCGGUGAUCUGUGCUACUACAACCCGGACGGCUCUAUUGAGUACAUCAGCCGCAAGGAUCACCAGGUCAAGCUCCACGGUCAGCGCAUGGAGCUCGGUGAGAUUGAGCACCGUCUCUACGAAGACACUCGUGUUCGCCACGCCGUCGUCAUUCUCCCCAAGAACGGCCCACUCAAGCAGCGCCUUGUUACUGUCAUGUCUCUCAACAGUGUUACAGCUGACACCAAACUGAUCUCCGACAAGUCCUGUGAACUUGUUGACGAGGCUGAACUCGAACGUCACGCUUACAAUGAACUUGUUGAUGUUCAGAAGAGUCUCGAGACCCAGUUGCCUAUAUACAUGGUGCCUCAGACCUGGGCCCUCAUAAAGAAGCUUCCUAUGCUUGUCUCUGGCAAGCUUGACAGGAAGAAAAUUACUGCUUGGCUUGAGGACAUUGAUGACGACUCGUAUGAGCGUAUCAUGGCUGACUAUGAUCGCAUCAAGCGCCGUAGUACCGAGGAGAAGCCACAAGAGCAAGAGAAGACUGGCUCUCUCAAUAUUAUCCGCGAAAUCUUCGCCCAGGUCCUCAACAUUUCACUGCAGAAGGUCAGCGUCGAUAGAUCUUUCGUCAGUUUGGGCGGAGACAGUAUCACUGGCAUGGCUGUCAUUUCCCGAGCUCGCAAGCAAGGCCUUGUUGUUACACUGCACGAUAUCUUGCAGAGUCGGUCAGUCAAAGAGCUUGCCCAGACUGCUGGCACAAAGGUGGCUGUCACGCAACCCGAGGAGAAGUCUGGUGAAGGCUUUGCUCUUUCGCCUGUUCAGAAGCUGUACGUCCAUAGCUCGCACUCUUUCAAGGGUGAAGCUCGUUUCAACCAGAGCAUCACGGUUCGCAUAUCUCGCCGCGUCGAGGGAGAGGUGCUCCGCCGUGCGAUCAAGGCCGUGAUCGGUCAACACGCCAUGCUCCGAGCACGAUUCAGCGCAAAGAAUGGCAUCUGGCAGCAAAAGACGGCCGCAGAGGUUGAUGAGUCUUUCCGUUUCGGUGUCCACUCUGUCAGCGAUACACGCGAAAUGGUCCCCAAGAUCGCCGACAGCCAGCAGUCUCUAGAUCCCCAGAACGGGCCUAUUCUUGCAGCGGAUCUGUUCAAUCUUAGCGCCGGUGGUCAGAUCCUUUUCUUUGUUGCUCAUCAUUUGUGCAUCGACAUGGUUUCUUGGCGCAUCGUCCUGCAAGACCUCGAGGAGCUGGUUGUUUCUGGUUCCCUAUCUUUGGACAAGGCACUCUCCUUCCAGAGCUGGUGUCUUAUGCAGACAGAAAGAUUGAAGAUCCAUGAUGCAAACAUCGCCCUGCCUUUCACACCCGAGAAGCCGAACCUGAGCUACUGGGGUAUGCAGGACUUGCCCAAUGUAUACGGUGAUCUCAAGAUGGAAUCUUUCAGCUUGAGUGAGGAGACCACUAAGUUCAUCCUCGAUGGCUGUCACGAUGUCUUCCGCACUGACACCGUUGAUAUCCUACUCUCUGCAAUCAUUCACUCCUUUGGGCGCACUUUCACCGAUCGCAAGAUACCCACGGUCUAUAACGAAGGACAUGGUAGAGAGCCGUGGGACUCUAGCAUCGAUCUCUCUCGGACCGUUGGCUGGUUUACCACCAUGGCACCAAUGCUGAUCGAUGGAGGGGCUAGCGGUAUUACCGACAUUAUCAAGCGCGUCAAGGACACUCGCCGCAAUAUCACUGACAACGGAAGACCCUACUUCGCCAAGAGCCUCCUUCAGAACAAUGCAGCCUCUUCUGGCUUCCCUGUUCCGCUGGAGAUUCUGUUCAACUACCUUGGUCGACUCCAGCAGCUGGAGCGGGCUGACUCCCUCUUUCACCACCAUGGCAGUGUUUUUGACGGCUCGGACUUCGCUGUUGCAGGUGAUAUGGGUCCUCAGACCGUUCGCUUUGCUCUGUUUGAACUCUCGGCCAUUGUCAUCAAAGAGCGUCUCAACGUGGCGUUUAGCUACAACCGCAAGAUGCAGCAUGAGCCGCAGAUCCGCCGCUGGAUCCUGCAGUGCAAGCAGACUCUCGAGAAGGACCUUAUGGUUCUGAAGACAGCCGCUUCCGAACCUACCCUCAGCGACUACCCUCUUCUUCCCAUCACCUACCAAGGCCUCCAGAUGCUUACCACAAGCACUUUCCGCAAGGCCGGUAUACGCAGCACGGAUGAUGUUGAGGAUAUCUUCCCCUGCUCUCCCAUGCAGGAGGGUCUCUUGCUCAGCCAACUCCGCGACCCCAGCGCCUACAUGUUCCACACUGUGUUCGAGAUCAAGGACGCAAAGGGUGGCAAGGUCGAUGCAGAGAAGCUUGCACAAUCCUGGCAAGCAAUUGUCGAUCGUCACCCUGUGCUUCGAACUAUCUUCGUCGACAGCAGCUACACUGGUGGGUCAUUCGACCAGCUGGUCCUUAAGAAGGUCACCAGUAGUAUCCUUCGUGUGGAAUGUCACGACUCCCAAGUCGAGGAGAAGCUCGCCGCUAUCUCCCUUCGUGACAUGAAUGCGAUGCGGCAAUCGAAACUGUCCCACCAGGUGACCAUCUGCAAGACCAUCACUGCACGAGUCAUUCUCAAGCUAGAAAUCAACCAUGCCAUCAUUGACGGUGGCUCGGUCGAUAUUCUUCUUCGUGAUCUGCCUCUAGCCUACGAGCGCAAGCUCCCUGAAGGCUCAGGACCCUGCUUCAGCGAUUACAUCAAGUUUAUUCGUACCCAAAGCCAAAGCGAGGCUCUUGAUCACUGGAAGCAGUACCUUGGAGGAGUGCGUCCUUGCCAUGUUUCUCACUCGGCUGACUUUGGCUUCAAGCGUGAACUCAAGGGAGUUAUGAUGAACUUCCAGCGCUUCCCUGAGUUGCUCAAGUUCUGCGAGCAGAGCUCUGUAACUCUUGCUAACCUUACUCUGUCUGCCUGGGCGAUUGUCUUGCGCCAGUUCACCCAAUCCGAUGACGUCUGUUUCGGAUAUUUAUCUGCCGGUCGCGAUGCCCCUGUCAAUGGCAUCCAGGACAUGGUUGGGAUCUUCAUUAACAUGCUUUGCUGCAGAGUUCAAUUCUCUGGCCAGGAGACCCUCAUCAAUCUGUCUAAGAGUGUUCAGGAUGAUUACUUCAAAUGCAUUCCUCACCAGAGUUGCUCCUUGGCUAGCAUUCAGCACGAGCUUGGCUGGCAAGGACGGUCCCUCUUCAACACUACACUGUCCAUCCAGAACCACUCGGUAGCGGGUGGCUCCAAGGAUAAGGGGCUGUCCUUUGAUCUCCAGCAUGCACAUGACCCCAGCGAAUAUGCGGUCACUGUGAACGUCGAAAUUGCCCGUGGUCAAGAGGGUAUUCUCUUGAGAUACUGGAACGAUGUUGUGUCUGACGAGCACGCACAGUCUCUGGCUGAUACCAUCGCCAGAGUGUUCACUGGAUUUAUUGAAUCCCCGACUGUGACUCUCUCGCAGGCCAAGUUUGGUGCCGAUACCGCGUCGGAGUCAGUGGAUUGGGAUCGCUCUCAGACCACUCUCGCCGACAAGGCCAAGUCCACCGGAGAAGCAAUGGACAACAGUGCUAUUCAAAAGAUUAUUGAUGAUCGUGUUCAUGAGAUUAUUGGAAAGAUGUUAAGAGAAGGAAAAUUGCAGGUGCCCUCUAUCCAGACUACUGGUUUGUCGGAGUACGUCCGCACCGAUGCUAUAGCGGACUCGCCAUACCAGAUGGGUAUUCAAGGUGCCGAUGAUUCGGGUGUUUGUUCGGCGACGUCUCGUUCCAGCCAGGAGGGGAUGUCGGCCGACGUGGAAAGGAAAUUAUGGAACCUUUGGAGUACAGCUCUUGGUCUCUCGCCCAAUGUGGUGAGACACCAGGAGAGUUUCUUCAAGUUAGGUGGUGACAGUAUCACCGCCAUGAAAAUGGUCAGCGCCGCCCGCGAGGAAGGCCUCGUUCUCACUGUCGCGGAUGUCUUCAAUAACCCUGUCUUUGAGGAUAUGGUCGCCACUGUCCGUGCUGCCAACAUCACUCAGCAGAUGCUCAAUGUGGAUCUCCAACCGCAAUCUGCCAUCACCAAGGAGGAUGACUUCCCUGACAACACGCCAACCACUCUGGGGCCUACCCCGUCUUCUGAGAGCAUUGAGGUGCUCAAGCCCUCGUGUGUUGACGACGCUGAUGUCCAGCGUGGAAUUUGCCCCAAGAUUGGGGUUUUCAAAGGUGGCAUCGCAGAUGUUCUCCCUGUCACUGACUUCCAGGCAAUGUCUCUGACAGCAACUCUCUUCAAGUCCAGGUGGAUGCUCAACUACUUCUACCUCGAAGGCAACGGUCCCCUCGACUUGCGACGCCUUCGCGAGAGUUGUCUGAAGAUCGUGGAUGCCUUCGACAUUCUGCGGACCGUUUUUGUCUGCUUCCACGACCAGUUCUUCCAGGUUGUGUUGCGCAAGAUCCGUCCCAGCAUCUUUGUCUAUGAGACCGAUCGCGCUCUCGAUGAGUUCACCCUGACUCUUCAGCAGCGUGACCGUGAAUAUGGUCCCCGCGAAGGAGAGCAGUACGUGCAGUUCUACGUGGUCAAGAGGAAGGGCAGCGACCAGCACCGUAUCUUGAUCCGCCUGUCGCACACCCAGUACGAUGGAGUGUGUUUGCCCAAGAUCAUGGCCGCCAUCAAGCACGGAUACGAGGGAAGCCCACUGCCACCAGUCAUUCCCUACGCCAGCUACCUUCGUCAGCUCCCGGGCACAAUUGGCCCCGACCACUACCGCCACUGGGCUGAUCUCCUCAAAGGAUCUCAAAUGACCCAGGUUGUGCGCCGAAAGGGUACCAGCAUGUUCCAGAACAUUGGAGCAUUCACAGAGAUUCACAAGCGCAUUGAGAUCUCACCAACUGCCCUUGGCAAUGUCACUAUCGCAACUGUCAUGCAGGCCGCCUGGGCCCUGACCCUCGCCAAACUGUCCGCCCAGUCUGAUGUUGUCUUCGGCCUCACAAUCAGCGGCCGCAAUGCCACAGUCCCUGGCAUUGAAAACACCGUCGGCCCCUGCGUCAACGUGAUUCCAGUGCGUAUCAAGCUCAGCGAGCACUGGACAGGCGUCGAUCUCUUCCGCUACAUUCAAGACCAGCAGGUAUCCAACAUGCCUUUCGAGUCUCUCGGCUUCCGCGAGAUCAUCAAACAAUGCACCGACUGGCCCGCCUGGACCUAUUUCACCACGUCGGUCUUCCACCAGAACGUCGAUUACGAAGGCACCCUUGAGCUGGACAGUACUAAAUACCGCAUGGGCGGUGUUGGCGUCAACGACAACCUCGCCGACCUGACCAUGGUCUCACGACCCUCAGGCGAACGGGGCCUGGACGUCACCCUAGGCUACUCCGAAAAGGGCCCGAUUAUGCCCUCAUUCGCAUCAAGGGUACUCAACAUGGCAUGCGAGAUUGCACAGUCCCUAGUUGCAAACCCAAGCGCAUCGCUACCAUCAGCAAGCAUGCUCCGCUCCCUGCCACCCCAGACAAUCGACGACCUCCCCCGUCCCUCAGACGAGCACUUCCUCAGCGCGCAUCUCAAGUCCCGCUCCAUCGCCGAGCUCCUCGUGCACUCUGAUAUCCUCUCCCGCUCCUGGCACCAGGUCCUACCCAGCCGCACGACCACAGCGCCAAUCGGCCCUGACAUUGAUGAAAAGCCAACCCACCAAUCAGCCUUCCAGCUCGACUCAUCCUUCUUCGAUCUUGGAGGUGAUAUCUUCAACCUGGCCCAGCUUACUUGGCUACUUGAGCAGGAGGGUCUCAAGGUUCGUCUCGAGGAUCUAAUCGAGCAUCCUUCGUUCCUGGGCCAGAUGGCUGUCUUGGCUUUGCACAAUACCAAGCACCAGGAUGAUAUCCCCACUGAGCACCUUGCUACCGGGGCUGUCCUUGACUCGCCUGAGCCUAUGGCUCGCGUUGAGAAGAACAAGGCUUGGUCGAAGGCUAAGACGUUGGCGCGGAAGCUCACCCGGCGUAACAACACGUUAGUCGCUAAUCGGGCUUGA